UGAUACAUUACUUUUUUCUUUGCUCUUCUGCACAUCAGGUUGCUUGUUUUGGCGGUAUUGACUCUUUCUAUUUCUCUAGAGGUGCUAUUAAUUCGAGAACCAAAAGACGUGCACGUGCACUUGAAGGAGAAAACGAAAGAUUACAAACAUGUAAUGUAUUUGAAAGGAAUCGAAACAAAAAAUAGAUUCUUGGACACGCAUUGAAAGCUUGAAAAAAAAGGAGUCAGAUUUGAUUGUCAAAUUUGAUUGACAGGUCAUCGAGUAUGGCCAUGUUGCGACAAGUCAAGCCAACAUACAGACUCUUCGACGAAGGUGUUAUCUUUCUGUUUCGAGAUAACGCUGUUCCAUCUUUCAGAACAUUCAACUCUUCGAUGGUAUUCGCGAGACAACAACAAAAAUCAGAAAGCAACAACGAAGUGAAGGAGAAUAAUAACGAUAGCAGACUUGGCGGUAACAAGAGACUGUCUAUUGACGAGGCAACGAUCAGGAGGCUCGAGAGGUUGGCGCUAAUUGGCUUCGAAUUUAAGCAGAGCAAGCGAGUGCUGGAAGAAGCGAUAACUUUUGCCGAACGGCUACGGACAGUCCACAUCGACGAGACGGUACGUCCGAUGUACAACACUCUGGAGAAUAAUUGCAUUCAUCUGCGGGACGACGUAGUGCAACACGACAUCAAUCGGCGUGAAAUAUUGAGGAACGCCGCGGUGCUAGAAGAGGAAUACUUUGUCGUGCCACUAACGACGAGCAAGGAGAAAAAAAGUGAAUCUGAAUAAUGAG